GCGCUUCAACUUGGGGCAAUUCAAAAUGGGGAAGCUGGCGGAACUCAAGGCGGCGCCGGGCCCUCCCAGCAAGAAGCGCUUCCGGUUCCAGAAAGGCAAGGAGCGCAUUGCUGGGCUCCAGUCGGACCUCCAGCUGUAUGCGAAGACCCAGUCGUACUCAAACUUUCUCCUGGCCAACACAGCGACUGAACCGUUCCAUGACGAACUCACGCUCCUCGGCGAGCUCUAUACGAACGACCGCUUCCAGCAACUGUUUCGCAAGCUUCGACGCAUCACCAACUCGACGCCGCAGCUUCUGCACCAUUUGACCCAAGUCGUGCAAAUCCUGGAGACGACCGUGCGCGACUUUACCCGAGACCCGGACGUCAUGAUCCCGGUCCUCAAGCUCUACGUCGCACUCGCCAAGGAUCUCCAGAAGGAAUUCUACCCGCAUUUUGCUGCGUCCCUUCCGCACAUCGUGUCCAUCAUCGACAAAACCAACCCAGAGUUGACGGCCGACGUGUUCAAGUCCCUCUCGAUGCUCUUCAAGCAUCUGCAGACGCCGAUCCUGGCCGACAUGAGUGUCCUCCACAAAUUCUACGGCGUGCUCGUCGGCCACCCCCAGGAAUAUGUCCGGGACUUUGCUGCGAAUGUGUUUGCAGUCCUCUUGCGCAAGGUCAAGUCUGGCAGUGCGUUUCAGUCGUACGUGCUGAACUAUCUUUCGGCGCUCGUUCGUGGAAUCACGUCGAGCGACGCUGUUGUCGGUGCGACGCUUGUCGACAGACACAGCAACGUGCUGGACGGGACGGCGAAGCUCUUCUUUGCCGUGAUGAAGAACGUCCAAGCGCAAUUUCAUUCGCGCACGAAGGAGCUCCUGCCGCUGCUCCUCCACUCGUACAAACCAAAACGGGAUGCCGAGCGGCAUCUCGGCGCCACCGUUUUGUACGACAUUUCGAAACGCGUCGUCGUCAUGCUUCGAAAGUACACCACCGACGAGCAUGCACAUGUGGUGUGGACGAAUCUUCUGGACGCCGCCACCCACGCCAUCGACGGCCUUGCGCCGCCCACCCCCCCCAGUUGUACGUACAUUGCGCGCCAAUGCAAUCUUGUCGCGUUGUUCGUGUCGUACAAGCAAGGGGCGUUGGUGGGAAGCGCGAUCCGUGCGCCGUUGCUCGCACUCGUCGAAACGUUGCUCGGCACAUGUGUGGCCCACACGCCCGACCUCCGCGACGCCGUGCUGAAUUUGCUAAGUCAGUGCGCCAUUUCACUCCAAGGCGAAUUCUACUCUUGCCUCGGGUCUAUCUACACAACGACAUCGUUGCCGACGGAUGCUGACGUGGAUGCGUUUACCGAAAAGCUCGUCUCGUUGCUUCCCGUCGGUGCGGUGGCCCAGCACGUGCUGCCGAAAGCCGCUCUGUAUGCAGUCGAGCAAUGUCGCUAUGGCCAUGCCGCGCUGCUCCGGUCAAUGUCGGUCCUGAUCGACUGGGUCGACCGCCACCAGGACGAGAUCGACGCUGGAUUCGUUCUCACGCGUCAAGCUGAUCGCAUCGUUGUCGACCUUGCCAAGGUCAGCAAGGACGCAGUCGGACAGUUCCAGAACACACUCGACGCUGUGUCGAAUGCGCUCUCUUCCACCCACGACUUGGAAACCCUUGCGAACGUCCGGCAAGUGUUGCGGUGCCUUGCCUUUAUCAAGGCCGCGCCGGCCCCGGAUGUCGUCGCGAUCGCAGUCAAGUCGUUGCUGGCCACGUUGCUGGAGCAAUCUACCACGCACCAAGACAUUACGUCGAAAGCGGCGCGGAUCACGUUGCGUGCGCAGUGCGUCAGUGUCCUUGGCCGCAUGGCAACGUUGCAACGGGAAACCAAGUCCGAGGCCGAGUUGCUCGCGUUGGUCGCGCCUCACCCGACGUCCCCGCACCUGGUGUCCGCCAUCCAAUCGUACAUGGUGCCGUCCAUCAUCGACCCUGCGUCGCUGUCCUUCGAAUCGUGGUACGCGCUAUUGCAUCGAAACGUACGCAGCGCGAAUCACGCGCUUCGCCGCCAUACGCUCCGGCUCCUGUCGCUGGCACCGCCCCUGGACUUUCUCGCGCCUGCCGACGCCACCCUCGACGGCCCGUGUGACGUCGUUGAGACGUGCCUCCAGCUCGAGGACACGGCCGCGACGCCUUCCGUCGACACGGAGCGCGAAUUGAUCCGGCUGCUCGAUCGCGUCAAGGUGCUCGCUCGAUCCGCGCAGGUUCCCGCGCUGUACAUCGAGCUCAUCGUGUCGCACAUGCUGGGCCUCUUCCACGUCAAGUUGUCCACAUUGUGGCCACACGUGUCGGCAGUCGUUGAGGCCGCGGUGUCGGUGCACUUUGAAUCGAUCUGGCACAUCUUGAUCGACGAGCUCGAGUUUGUGUCGAUGCGGUCGGUGGCGGUCGUGCCUGCCCCGUUGCAGGCGCAUGCCAGGACACUUGAAUCGACCAACAACGCUGACGACACGACCGUACCAACAGCGUCGUCGCGCCUGGUGACGGCGCUGGCGCGCGACUGCAUGGUCGAGCUCGGGAGCUCCGCCGCGCACGAUGCCACCGACAUUGAGACACACCAUGGCGUCGUGUACAAGAUGCUAGAGUCGUUUGCCCACGUGGUCGAGCACAAGUCGAAAGCGGUCGUCCCAGUCUUUUGCGAAUUCUUACGAGAUCAAUACUACGUCGUGUACCCGGACGAAGUGGAUCGAGUGGCGUCGGACGCGUUGACCGGCAUCGUCGCGGGUGCCGCCAAGUCGAGACAGGCGAAUCCCAAGUACGCUGUCCGCCACGUUGCCGCCUCGCCACUCGAGAGCCGCGCGCCGCUCGUGCCGACGGCAAAAUCCGUCCAGGCCAAGCUCGUGUCGUUUUUGAACGUGUUCAAGCGCUUUACCAACUACAAGGGCGUGUACGGCCACGAGUUGCUCUGGUCGUUUUUCUAUUCGUUGCUGCUCAAGGCAGACGACCGGCUGUCGCGCGGCGCGCUCGACUGCUUGUUCGCGUACAAACCCGUCUACUUGAUGCCGUACCGCCAGCAACUGCUCGAUCUGUGCGACCCGCACAAGUUUCGGGACACGUUGACCACGUUUAAAGUCGACCGGGCGUCGGGCAUGCUGCACGAAGCGCACCGGAGUGCGUUUUUCCCCGUGCUGCUUCGCAUGUUGUACGCCAAGUUUAUCUCACGCAAGGGCACCCGCAGCGCCAAGCACUCGCUCGCGCACCGCCGCACGACUGUCCUCGCGUUCAUCGUGGCGCUCGACGCGGACGAGCUUGUCCACUUUAUCGACCUCAUCUGCCGCCCGUUCCACCUGGGCUCGAUCGGCGUCUACGACUACGCGACGCAACUCGCGCUCGCCGACGCCGCGAUUGCGUCAGUGUCGCCGUCCAAGCAGGUCGGGUUCCUGAACGUGCUCGAGGAAGUCGUGGGCCAGCUCGGGAUGAAGGUCCGACAGUACCUGCCCGACUUGCUCGCGAUUUUGACGGCGAUUCUCGGCCACGACGGCGUCGGACAAGUCCACCACGGCAUCGAUCUGGACGACGGCGAACGACUCGAUGCAGCGGCACCAGUCGCGACGGACGCCGUUGCCAUCAACGUUGCGGACGAACUCGAAGACGAGAUCGACGAAGAAAACGAACCACUCGUGGACGAAGCAGAACAGGUUGGUCCUGCCAAAGAUGACGACGUCGACAUGCUGGACAAGGACGACAGCGACAACGAAGUCGACGCCGCGGCGGCCGGCGUCGCGCUUCGCAAACAAACGCGCAUGCUCACGUUCCGCCGGCUGACGCAGAUCGUGGACCAGUUUGAUGGCCAGUAUGACUUUGGCGAGUGCUUUGCCAAGCUGUUUGCGCUGUGCGACACGUCGAUUGCCCACCUGCCGAACGCGAUGCGCGGCGCCAAGAAACCAUCCGCGUUGCUCGAGUGGCUGCGAGCGAUUGCAGUGUCGGGAUCGAUUGUGACACAACUCACGCCAGACAUCAUCCAGAGUGUGCUAUCGUGCCUGUCGAGCGGCACGGACAACAUGACCGUGUCCCAUGACGUGCUGGACUGCGUCUUGGGAUUCAUGGACGGGCUCUUAACUGCGGACGAAGCGCUGCAUACAAACUUGCUCGUGCCUCAACUCGAAUUCGUCUUGCGCCAGUUCAUCGCUCGCUUCGAAGCCAAAACUGCCAAGUUUAUCGUCGACAAGAGUGCAGGCGGGUCGUCGAAGAAGGAGCUGCACUUCCUGUGCCGGUUGGCGCCGCACGUCGCGCGGCGCGCGACGACCGUCGAGACGGCGCACCAGCUCGUGUCGCUGCUCUUGCCCUUUGUCACGCGCAACCACAAGACAUCUCCCGUCGAGAAAGAGCAUGUGUUUCAAGUGGUCGCGGGCUUGGUUCCGUGCCUCGACCGCCCUCAUGCGCACGUCAAUUUUCUCGCCAAGUUGCUCGCUCCCGGCGUCAACUGCAUUCUCGACGCGCAGCCGCGCCAGAAACUCAUGGACGUGUUUGCUGCCAUCCACGCGCACCCGCAUGCGUCCGAUCUGGCCGCGAUGUGCCAGCACAUUCUCGACCUCAACGCGAACGAUCCGCGCCGGAUCGAAGAAGCCGACUUUGAGCGGCGCAUUGGCGCGUUCGUCGCCAUCAAUGCCGCCGUCGCGUUUCAAGGAUUCCGCGACCAGUCCGUCACCCUCGUGCCGCUGGUCAGCCAGUACCUCUACAGCAUGCACGAUGCCGAGUACUCGCUGCGGAAUGCCGCCAAGACAGGGCUCGAAGCGCUCGUUGUGCAGGCGUCGGUCGCAGCGCCAGACGACGUUGUGCGCCGCGUGUUUGAGACUGUGCUCAUGCCGUGCGUCCGCGUGAGCCUCAAGUCCCCGGCCGAAGACAUUCGGCGCGGGUUCAUCCUGCUCCUGGCCGUGGUCGCGGAUCACUUUUCGACGCACGCCAGCAACGCGGCGUCGUUCCACGGCGACCUCUCGAUGCUGCGCAACACACACGACUUGGAAGUCGACUUUUUCCUCAACUUUACCCACAUCCAAGCGCACCGUCGACUGCGCGCGAUCCAAAAGCUCAAGCACGGCAUCGACAGCGGCGAGUUCUCGGCGCUCUCCAACACAACGGCGCACCAUGUCCUCGUGCCGCUGCUCCAGCACGUGGUAUACGAGGCGAAGACCCAGGACGGCAUUGGGGGCGAAGCCGCCGCGUGCCUGGGUUCAGUCGCCACUCUCUUGUCGUGGACCAACUACGCUGGGCUCGUGCGCAACUUGCUCAAGCAAAUUCCUGGCCGGCCCGAGUCGGAGACGGUCAUCAUUGCAGCCGUGUGCGCCAUCAUCGACCACUUUCACUUUGACGGGAUUGUCGUCACGGACGGCUGGAAAACGUCGCCGAGCGAGCGCGCCGCCGUCCCGGUCGUCGAAGCGUCCCCGAUUCAGGCGGCCAUGACGUCGUCGUUGCUUCCCAUGCUUCAGUCGUUCCUGACCAAAGGCGACCGCAAGCUGGGCAAGGCCAAGGGGGGCAAAACCGACCACAGCACGACGACGGGCGACUACGUACUGCGUGUCCCUGUGGCGCUCGCGAUCGUGAAGCUCCUUCGCCGCCUGCCGACGCACGUGUUUUACCACGAGUUGCCCAAGUUGCUGCUCCAGGUCACCAAGCUGCUCCGGUCCAAAGACGACGUGGUUCGGUCGUCGAGCCGCACAACGCUCGUCCGCAUCGCCGUGGAGCUCGGGCCAAAGUACUUGUUUGCGAUCGUAUCGGAGCUCGAACACUCGCUCCAGCUCGGGUACAUGGUGCAUGUGCUGUCGUACACGUUGUUUGCUAUCCUGGAAAAGGUGGCCGACGCGUGCGAGCAGCGGGCGCCCGCGCCGCUCACGUCGUCGACGGCAUCGGACACCGACGCGCUGUUUGCGUCGCCGCUCGACGACUGCGUCCCGAUGAUCGUGUCGAUCCUGGUCCGCGAUAUCUUUGGCGAUAUCGACCGUGACGACGUAACCAAGUCCAAAACCAAGGAAGCGCGCGCGUGCCGGUCCUUUGACUCGUUCGAGCUCCUAGCGCGAUGCAUCAACUUUCUUCCCAACCCGACCAUCCACACGCUGCUCGUUCCGGUCGUGCAGUCGCUCGCGUCCGCUGCUUCCCGCAAGUCCAAAGUUCUCGCAAACGUCCGCCACGUGCUUGCGCGCGUCGCGCUCGGGCUGUCCAAAAACGCGAGCGUCGAACCCACGCACAUGUACUUGUACCUGUUCAACAUGCUGCGCAUGUGCUUGGACCGGCUUACGUACGUCAAGCCGGCGGACGCAGCCACGAUUCACAACGACGCCGGGGUGUCGUCCUGGGUCGUGCUCGACUGGGUCUGCCGAAAACCCACCGGCGUCCCGACCCGCGUGACUGCUUGGGACACAUUCAAGAUCGAAGCGCAGGCAAACAUGACCGGGUUUGAUCGGUAUGUCGCGACCAAGGCGGACGCGGCCACGUCCGGCGCGGACGAAAUCCUCUUGUACAGCGUCACGUUGCUCUAUACGUUGCUGAAAAAGGACGCGUCCGCGCUCGCGUUGGUCGACCCGUUCGUUCCGUUGCUCGUCCGCUGCAUCCACGAAAUCAAGCACACGGACACAAUCAUCGUGGCGCUCAAGUGCGUUGCUGUCCUACUCAACCACCCGUACCCGUCUCUGGUCGCGGCGCUGUCGUCCGUGGUCGACCGCGUCUUCAAGAUGAUCCAAAAGGCGGGCGCGGCCACCAAGAACGAAAUGACGCAAGCGUGUUAUCGGGUGCUGACGGUGCUCCUCCGCGUCCGCCACGAAUAUCACCUGGACGACGCGCAGUGGCGCGUCCUCCUGAGCUUCGUUCGCCAUGACAUGGAAGACAUGGACCACCAGAACGCGACGUUUACGCUGCUCAAAGCCGUGCUGGGUCGCCGCGUCGUCGUGCCAGACGUGUACGACGCCAUGGUCCGCGUCGGCGAGAUGAUGGUGCAGAGCCAGGUCGCGACCGUGCGGACGCACUGCGCCAGCAUGUACCUCAUGUUUCUCCUCGAUUACCCGCUCGGCGACAAGCGGCUCAACUUUCACAUUCGAUUCCUUGUCAGCAACCUCACGUUCGUGUACGAGUCGGGUCGACUGUCGUCGCUCGAGUGUUUGCAUGCGCUGGUGAAAAAGCUCCCGUCCGACAUGCUGGACGGCCGCGCGCCGUUUUUCCUCUUGCCGCUUGUGCUCCAACUCGUCAACGACGACGCAGCAUCGGUCCGCGAGCUCGCCGCCGACGUCAUCUCGGACUUGUUCAAACGCGUCAGUGCCAACGUGUUUGCCGACUCGAUGGCGCUCAUCCAGCCGUGGUGGACCACCCACGAUCCAAAGCUCAACUGCGCCGCUGCCCACGUCAGCGCCUUGGUCGUGACCGCGCGUCCCGACCUCGCCAAGAAAGCCGCGCCGUUCCUGACCCACGUGCUGACCGCGGCCCUGGCUCGCGCCGUCGGCAUGAUGGACGAACAUGACGACGACAUCACGGAAGUCGAGUGGGGGCCCGUCUACUACUGCCUCCUGUGCAUCGACGCGGUCGGCAAGUCGCUCCGCGAUGUCUUCGAGGCAUGGGCGCCGACAGGGAUGGGCACGAUCGUGCAGCUCCUGACGUUUCCACAUGCGUGGGUGCGUCUGGCGGCGGUCCAGAUCGUACGUGGAUAUGUCCAGCGGCGGCAUGCGUCCACGUUGCGUGUGGUGCCGCCGGAAGCGUCGAACGAGAUCGAGUUCCUCGACCAGCCCGGCCGCCUCUUUGGCCUGGCGCAGCAACUGUGCAAGCAACUCGAAAGCAACUACUUGACCGACGCAUUGGUCACGGAAAACGUGGCCACGUUGCUGUUCGUGUUGCGCGCGUUGCAGAGCCAUCCACACAUCGACCAGCACCACGAGCGGCUGGCGUCGCACGACGACGACGGGAACCAAGACGAGGAAUCGGCGGCGGAAGAAGCAAGUGCGCCGUCGUCGUCCCCGGUGACAUGGCUCUUUGCCCGCUUGUCCUUCUUGGCUCGAGGGCACCAACUGCCCUUGAGAAAGACGGCCGUGUACCGAUUCUUUGCCGGCGCUGCAGUCCAGGAGACCCCGGCGUUCAUGGAGACAGUCCUGGUCGCGAUGCUGAACCCACUCUACCGCGACAUAUACGACGAAAGCGACGACCCGAACGAUGCCGACGAUGCCACAAGCAUCCGCAACUUGGCGCGCGAAGUGCUGCAGGUGCUCGAGGCGAAAGUGGACGCGACCGCGUUUGUUUCGACCUUUGCCCAUGUCCAAAAGAAAGUGACCGAGUUCCGCGAGCGCCGCAAACAGAAGCGAAAGAUCGAAGCGGUCGCGGAACCCGACGUUGCCGCGGCGCGCAAAAUGAUCAAGAAUGCAAAGAAGCAAGAGGCCAAGCAGCUCAAGAAGCGCAAAAUCGGACAGGUCAAAGGGUCCCAGAGCAAGUACCAGAAGAUUGCAGCGUCGAAAGAGCGACAACGCAACGCCCGCCCCGGGCAUUACUAACCUUUCGAGCGCUCCAAUUAACGUUAUAGAGAUAUGCAUGUGACACAUCGGGAUCCUUCUCGGCCGUGCCGCCGA